AUUUGACAGUAGUGGGCGGUCGGGCGCAUGCACUCAAAGUGAAAUUAGAAAAGAAUCGUGGACAGCUGUACUAGCCGUCUGGAGGUUUUGUACAGUGCCGCUUACUGACACAAUGUCACUGCAAAGGUGUCAAACUGAAUGGGAAGAAAUUGACCAAGAAUAUCAACAAUUACAGGUAGGCCUAUGUGAAGCCAGUUUGAUAACUAGCUAGGUGCGUGGCAUGAGGUGACGUGGACUACCGCCAGGUCAGAAAGAGGGGUUGGAAGAUGAUAACCGAUAUACGAUUGUCAGCUCAGCUAUCUAGCUAGCUAGUUUUGCUAACCCAGCCAACAUGGCUAGAAGCUAGCUAGCAUGCUAACUUGAUAAAGGUUUAUCAUCAGGUAUUAUUGGACACAAUAUUUUGUAUUCAGGAACUUUCCAAUAUAGCUAAAUAGUAUCCAGCGGUAACUGCAAGUCAGGUUUACUUGAAUUGGUGAAGCUAGUUUUUAAUAUCCGCAUAUUUGAACAAUUAAUGGCAAAUGUUAGCUAACGUUAGCUAUCUAGCGAGAAUAACGUUAGCCCGUUAAAGUCCUUAUAACCAGCAAGCAGGCUAGCUAACUCAGUUUAAUAACAAUGAUUAGGUUGUUGUGUUUUAGGGAAAUCCACCAAGUUUUCACCUCGGCGCAGUUAAAUCAGUCAACCAAUGCGGAUAUGUAGCAAAUAAGUGUCACAACUUAACUCAGGGUGCAGUGGCUUCCUCCCCUCUUAUUUCCUCCUUAAUUGCCACCACUUGAAACGACUGGAAAGGUUUCAAUGAUAUUGCAAUGCUGCCUUCCAUCCACCUGUCAUAUUCUGCUAGAUCAGGGACCAUAGAGGAAAGAAAGUAAGCCACUAAGACAGCCUCAAACUCUUAAAAAUGCAAGAAUAAAGGAGGUGAUCUGUCCUGGACCUUAUCCAUCACUGCUUGCCUAAAUUUGGACUUUGGUGAAAAUAAUUGCCUAUGACAAUUUGACAGGUAUCAACAUAUUUGAGUACUGGUGAGCAAUCUGCACUCAUUUAUUUUCCAAUUUAUUUAUAGGAAACUCACAAAGUGUACAGACAGAAGCUCGAUGAGCUCACCAACCUCCAGGCAACAUGCAGCAGUGCCAUUAGUAAACAGAGGAAGGGUCUAAAAGACCUCCAGCACAGUCUGCGCAAGUAAGUAGCCUACUUUUAGUGCUGGCAGCCUGCAGUUAUUGACAAAUAAUUGUUCAGUCUUGUUUUCCUGUACCAAAGGUCCUCAUAAUUAGGACCUGAGCAUUUGAGUGUUUUGUUCUCCUACAGAUGUACAAAAACAAGCGAUGAGAAAGAAACGGAACUGAUCAAAGACAUCCAAAUGCAAAUGAAAGACAAAGAACAUUUCUUCUUUGAUAUGGAAGCCUAUUUGCCAAAGAAGAAUGGGUCAGUGUAUUUGAGGACAUGAUUACUUUUUGGUUGGUUACAGUUUUUAUGCAGUUUGUCAUUAGAGGGUGUCAAAGCAUAUUGUAAAAUAUGUAUCUCUUUUCAGAUUGUACUUAAAUUUGGUCCUUGGCAAUGUGAAUGUAACACUCCUCAGCAACCAGGCAAAGUAAGUGUGUUGCUUCAGCUUGAACAAAAUAUCUGUAUUCAGUCACAUCCGCAUGGUUGCUGCAUCUGAUUCCCUGUUUGUUAUUUUCGCUGGAGCAGAUUUGCCUACAAAGAUGAAUAUGAGAAGUUCAAGCUUUGUAUGACAAUAAUCUUGACGUUUGCUGCCAUAACCUGUCUCUUCUUGCUCAAUUACCGGUGAGUUGGUUAUAUUAUGCAUUUGAUCUUUCCUCAUAGCAUCUUUUAAUGUUUCGGCAAAGCAAAGUAGUUGUAAAUGUCUGUGUUUUGUUGUUGCAGUGUCACAGAUGAAAUCUUCAACUUCUUGCUGGUUUGGUACUACUGCACUUUGACCAUAAGGGAAAGCAUCCUCAUGAGCAAUGGGUCCAGGUGAGCUACUAAGCUUUUUAUGGGACUGACUUAUUUAUUAACUCCAUGAGAUUAAAAUACUAUACUAGCAUGGCAACCUAGUUCUGCUUCUUUAUUCUAAUUCCACUCCAUGUGUCCUUUCAGGAUUAAAGGGUGGUGGGUCUCCCAUCAUUACGUCUCUACCUUCCUAUCAGGUGUAAUGCUUACCUGGUAAGUCCUUUUAUUUAUUUUCAACUUUGAACACUUUCAUUAAUUGCUUUCAGUCAAAAGCUCAAAAUCGGUUGGCAUUUACCCUAAAAGGUUGUCUGACAAGCAGUUUGAUUGAUAAAUGUUAUUUGAUCACAUGUAUUUAUUGGUUCCUCUGUUUCUUCUCAAAGGCCAGAGGGGUCCAUGUAUCAGAUGUUCAGAAGUCAAUUCCUUGCCUUCUCCAUUUAUCAGAGUAAGCGUCUACUUUCUCAUUUUAUCUUCAUAUGUGUCAAGUAUUUUGAAAACAACCCGCACAAUGUAAGUCCAUGUCAUUACUCAUACAUGAUUGAUUGAUUGAUUGUAAAAGAGUUUGAAUCAUUUGUUGAAAUUCAUCCCUAUGUUUUUCAGGCUUUGUGCAGUUUCUUCAGUAUUACUACCAAAGUGGCUGCUUAUACAGGUUACGAGCUUUGGGGGAAAGAAAUCAGUUGGACCUCACAGUGGGUAAGAUGAGCUCCUUUUCAGUUAAGACGGUUUCUAAGGCUUGCUUAUUGGUUAUGACUUUGGAAACAUCCUAUGAGCUUUUGAACCAUUAAGUCACAACCAAAAUUAUUGGCACCAUAUUAUUAUUUUUUUUAAAGGCUGUAUAAAAUAAAUAAUACAAAUACUGAGCUAAAUUGUAUGCUCUAAAAAUUUGAAAUUAAUUUUAUACUAAUACUUAGAGAAAGAGAUUUUGUUUAACAAGUAAUAAUAGUUUUUCUCAAAAAGAUAUGUCUAGAUUAGUGGCACCCCUGUUUUCAAUGCUCCGGCACCCUCCCCUUGCAAGGAUAAUGGCACUGAGGCUUUUUAUAAAAUGUUUUAUGAAAUUGGAGAACACAUUGAGAGGGAUCUUAGACCAUUCCAGAUCCUUGAUAUCCUUCGUCUGCACUUAUGGACUGCCCUCUUCAAUUCAAACCACAGGUUCCCUUUCAGUCAGUACUCUCGGUACAACCCACUAUGAGGAGUCGCACUCUCGAGACUUCGACUGAAGAACUUUAAUCAUGCCUGAUAAGGCCAAUGAAAACCGUGCCUCGCUGGAAGCUCCGCCUUCCACAGGUGAUAACAAUGAGGCUCGAAUUCAUUCCUUCGAUUCUUCACCUCAAGCUGAGUAGGAACGAUUCACGCUACUAAAACAAACAUUUGGAACACAAGACUUUCAAACUUGGCUCCAACUAAACUGUCCCAUUGUGGGUGAGCGUGCUCCCCUUUUUGGAAGUUGUAUUGUGUUUUCCUAGUUUCCUACCUACAAGCCAAUUUGUUAUUCCUCUGGUUGCUUAGCCUGGCUCUAACAAUGAGUAGAUAGCAAAAAAUGUGACUGAGACGACAAAGGCUGCCAAGCCGGGUUCGAGUUCGCGACCAUGCCCCCAUUCAUGCCGCUAUACUAUAUCACCAAAAGAUACUCACGAUUGUCUUGUUUGUCUCGGCUUGGUGCACGCUCUGGCGGCCCUCGCUCGAACCUGUCCGUGUGUGCUUUGUCACCGACUGCUUGGUGUUUUCAAUAGUUACAUUCCUCUCCCGGAGGCCUGUACCUCGGCUGAGUCGGAGUUGCGAGACGCAGGGAUGGAUUGGGUCUUUGGUCAGAUGAAAUGUCUUGUCCUGUGUGCUCUGUCGCCGGUUACGGGAGGCUAAUCGAAUGGAGAAGGCAGCCAGGUUCGGUGGGCACUCCCUGCCGUAGACUUUCAAGCCCAGGCUAGCUAAACAAGCGCUGCUUAGCUUGCUAGCCAGUUUAGCUAACUUGCCAAGGCGAGCUCGCUACUGCUACUGGCUAUUCCUGCCUCCCCAUGGUGGACUUGCUUGUGUAGUUCUCUUGUUUAGUAUACGUAGCGUUCAGUCGCUUGGUUAUUCUAAAUGGACCGUGCUGCAGUAAGAGUUUUUCAAGACCAAAGGAAGCUCUGUUCUAGAUCAGGAUUGGCUACUAGCCCUUGGGGCGAACGACAGGUAGCUGGCUACCAUCUUAGCUUGGACUGAAAGCCACAUGGCUAACAUUGGCUAGCAUACAUAACUUCCAGCUAAUUAAGCUUACUAGCUUUCCCCCGCCGUUAUAGCAACCCCAUUCCUAUUUCCAAUUCCUGGAGUUGGAGGGAGUGGAGGAAGCAGGGCUUCCAUGCACCUCCAAUGAGGAAGCAGCCCUGAGCACUUAGCUCGGGUCACCCCCGGAGCAAGGGGCUUUAGCACCUUUCCACAAAAACAUUAUUGUGGCAGUGCCCCCUUUUUGGUUACGGCUGAACGGGGUACUACGUCAGCCAUUUCCGGACCCCCAUAAAGGGGCCGGGCUUCAUGCAGGCUAUACAGUCUCACGGAAGCACAACGUACUCAGCAGCCAGUUUAUUAGGUACACCGCCCCGUUCACCAAAAUGGUUAGCUCCUACGGACAGUGAGUCACGUGGCCGUGGCUUGCUAUAUAAAGCAGGCAGACAGGCACAUCGAAGGCAUUCAGUUACUGUUCGAUUGAAUGUUAGAAUGGGAAAAACAAGUGACCUAAGUGACUUUAAGCGUGGUAUGAUCAUCAAUGCCAGGCGUGCCUGUUCCAGUAUCUCAGAAACGUCCGGCCUCCUGGGCUUUUCACGCACGACAGUGUCUAGGGUUUACCGAUAAUGGUGCGACAAACAAAACAUCCAGUCAGCGGCAGUCCUGUGGGCAAAAACAGCUCGUUGAUGAGAGGUCGAAGGAGAACGGCAAGAAUCAUGCAAGCUAACAGGCGGGCCACAAACAGGCAAGUAACGGUGCAGUACAACAGUGGUGUGCAGAACGGCAUGCAUGUUGGAAGCUUAUCCAUGUUUAAUGCCCCCUCUGUUACCCUGAGUUCCAUGGUGUUCACAGGGUUCAAGGGGUAUUUCUCCCCAGGGUGAGCGUAAUAGAGGGGUUGCCAUGUGGGGAAUCGUAGGUGGCUCAUUUCAGCUCGUAUCUUGUUAUUGAUACCAUGUCUUGUUUUGAGUCAUGUCUAUGCUAAUAUGUCUAAAAUUCGCUAGCUAGCUAACCAACAACUGUAACGAUGUAUUUGAGAGAUAACAAGUGCUCAUUGUGCAAAUGUAUUUGUUUUCAAGAAACAUUUGGAGACUAAAUAUAGUUAACAUGUUGUCAACAAUCUAAGCCAACCCGUCUGUUUUGCCUCAUAUUUGUCCACGCCUCGGUUUUGUUGCUAAACAAACAACCUCAAUACGACGAGCAACACGCUCUCUGUCCACAAAGCGGCACCCCUCCCCUAUAGCUGGGGGAUUCAUUGCGGAUUCCUGCCUGUAGCUCACUGGUCCCGAUGAAGUGCCUAGUGUUAAAGGUUAUGGACUCUAUAGGCGAUUGGUUGUUGGAAGCAGAGGGGGCAAGCAGGGUUGGACACAACCAUCCAAUUAUCCCACACACAGUCUUUGUGGUUCAUAUGAACCCCAGAAUGAGCUGUCUUGUCUCCAGCUCAACGUUGUUCAUUCCUGGGAAUUAAAUUCAAUUACGACUCGCCCCGUCUUACCACAGAUGGGGUCAGUUUUUCAGAGCGGUCUGUCUAAGCCGAGUGAGGCUCAAUGUGACAAAAGUACCCCCAAGGCAUGGCCAAUCGGGGGUAUGGAGGCCAAAACCCCCGAACCAGAGUAGGCCGGGAUUCAGGCAAACAUCUGCACGUAAACAUUGUUUUAACCCCAAGUUCCAGUGUUCACGGUAUCCCACAAAACAUUCCCUCCCUCCACAUUGACACACAGUUGUCGAGACUGGGGAAAUAAAAUAAAAAUAGGAAAAAUAACCAAUCUUUCCCAGUCCACGAGAAGGCAUCAUGAUGAUGCCUGCUCCGACCAAUAGCGCGCGCAUGCGCAGUUUCGACCUGGAUCAUGCGGAGAGUGAUGUCGGGAAUAGGUUACAAUUCGUUGUACGUCCCCCGUGUUUUUGCAGCGUCAUGUCGACAGCUACCAUGGCCUCAGCGGCAGUUUGGAGGGAGGAAAUAUCCUCACUUCUCCAGAAGCAGGCAAUAUAGGUGGUUCCUCUGUCGGAAAUCCGAAAAGAGACGGGGCUAACAUCCCAUCCUAGACCUACGUGCCCUAAACAAGCACCUCAGUCAACUAAUUCUGAAUACUCACAAGCCGUCGGCUGUUAGUCUGCGUCCUAGCGAUUGGUUCACCACCAUCGACCUGAAGGAUGCGUACUUUCAUGUGCCCAAAUACCCCAGUCACAGGAAGUUCCAUUACGAGACGAUAGCCUACGAGUUUUUGGUCCUCCCGUUCAGCCUGUCCCUCUCGCCUCGCACCUUUAGUAAGGUGGCGCCCAUGAGGUGUCAGUGGCUAAGGGUGUUGGACUACCUGGAUGAUUUCCUACGGGCCCUGGCCAAGUGGGGAGACCCUCGGUUAUUGUCGCAGGGUGCUCGUAUGGGCCAAGUGUUAUCCCACAAGGUGAGCACGACCGAACGGGUCCCCCUCCCCCCAAGGCUGGCUACUCGAUUUGGGGGGUAUGGACGGUGGCACAGGAUGCCCUGCAUAUCAAUUGCAUGUAGCUUCUGAUGGUGUAUUUGGCGCUUAGACACUUCCUCCCACAUUGACGGGACGACGUGCUGGUCAGAGCCGACAACACGACGGCGGUGGCAUACAUCAACAGGCAGGGAGGGACUCGGUCACUCCCCCGCCUAACCUUGGCUCGCUCCCAAUUGCUGUGGAGCAGAGUGCGCGCUUGCUCUUGCUUUGGGCGACGCAUGUCCCCGGUUGCCGCAACUCUGGUGCGGAUCUGUUAUUCGGGGGGGCCACUCUCUGGAGAGUGGAGGCUACACCCCUGGGUGAUCUCCCAGAUAUGGGAAAGGUUCGGCAGGGCCAACGUAGAUAUUUACGCAUCGCAGGAAGACUAGCAGUGUCGUCUGUUUUUGUCAAUGAGGGACUCGAGGGCACUGUUGGCCCAUGGUUUUUGACUAAAAUGUCCUGGUACUGGGUGAAGUUCAUGAUGUCGUAGACCUUAACAAGGGCCCCAGGACCAGUGGAAGCACAAUGGCCCCAUAACAUUAAUGAUCUACCACCAUAUUUAUUGUACAGUAGGUAUGUUUUUUUCUUUUUUUUUCUUUCUGCAUAUGCAUCCUUCUAUUGACGCCAAACCCACCACUGGUGUGCAUGGCCAAAGAGCUCUAUUUUCAUGUCAACUGACCAUAGCACUGGUUCCAAUCCAAUGCCAUUUAGCAAACUCCAAGGCGUUUACAUUUGUUGGAUGACAUGAAAAUAGAGCUCUUUGGCCACGCAUACCAGUGGUGGGUUUAGCGUCAAAAGAAGGAUGCAUAUACAGAAAAUAACCCCAUAUCUACUGUAAAAUAUGGGGGCGGGUCUUUGAUGGUAUGAGGCUAUUGUGCUUCCACUGGUCCUGGGGCCCAGGUUAAGGCCAACAACAUCAUGAACUUUACCCAGUCCCAGGUCAUUUUAGCCAAAAACCUGGUUGCCUAUAAUGCCAGGAGGCUGAAACUUGGCCGCAAGUAGAUCUUUCAGCAAUACAAUUACCCCAAGUGCACAUUAAUAUCCACAAUGAAAUGGUUAAUUCACUACAAAAUCAUCAUUUUGCAAUGGCCAUCUCAGUCUCCGGACUUGAACCUCAUUGAAAACCUGUGGUUUGAAUUCAAGAGGGCAGUAAAUAAGCACAGACGAAGAAUAUCAAGAAUCUGGAAAUAUUCUCUAUGGAGGAAUGGUCUCUUAAGAUCCCUUCCAAUGUGUUCUCCAAUCUAAUAACAUUUUUUGAAAAAGGCUCUGUGCCGUUAUCCUCACAAGGGGAGGGUGCCGGAGUAUUGAAAACAGGGGUGCCAAUAAUUUUGCCCCGAUCUUUCUGAGAAUUGUUUUUUUAUUACUUUUUUAUCUCUGAGCAAUUGUAUUAGUAUAAAAUAAAAUGUUUUUUGUACACAAUAUAUCUCAGUAUUUAUUUUAGUCUUUUUUUUACUAAUCUUGAUCAAGGGUGCCAAUAAUUUCGGUCAUGCUUGCACAAGACAUUUGCAUGUGUGUUAAUAGUUAUUACAAUGAAGUGGGCCACAAGCAACCCCAUGACUGGAAAUGGGACAAAGGUGGUGUUUCACCCUUGAGCAAGUUGCUACUCUUCCAUGUUGAGAGUGAUGUCCUAGUUGUCGGCAUAAGGUCACACACGUCCUCUUUGAAUCAAAAGUUUACAGUUCUACUGCCCAAAAUUCCAAUUAAAUCUAUUUAGUGCAAUCUGAAUGACCAGAGUGAGCUAAUGGAUAACAUCUCGCAAAUCAGUUUGCGGCUGAUCUUUGAACAGAGUAUUGGUCAAGAGGAUAAAGGUUGCGUCCCUCUUGUUUAGCUCUGUUUUUGAUAUAGCUUACUUUACUCCCCUUACCAUGAUGUGUUAGGCUAAUGAUUAACCUGCACUCCUGAAAACGCUAGACGAACUGGAUGUAAACAUGCUGUCUUUCUGUGGUUUGUGUCUUAUUCAAUGUUAAUGAUCUGGAUUUUCCACCAUUAUUAAUUGUUUCUGUUUUGCAGAAGGGUUUCAGUCAUGGAUGUGGAGAGGGCUCACCUUCCUCUUGCCAUUCCUCUUCUUCGGCCAUGUAAGUCUAACACAGGACUAACACAACUGUACAAAAGUGGUUAUCCAGGGAUGAGGUCAGGUUAAGGUCUGGGUGUGUGCCAGGUUGUUUCACACAGACUAGGAUGAGGCAUUAUGGGGUAAGAGAGGGUAGAGUGGGGUGACUUGAAGAAGUGAAGAUGGUAUUGCAAAAUCUGUCAUUUGUAAAAGAAGUGUUGCCCAACAUGAUUGCAAAGCUUACAUUUUGUUCCUUAUUUCAGUGAAGAUGUUUAUUUCAGCUGUUUAAACAUUUACAUGUAGACACUCCAGCUGCCAUGCUUGUGUUCUUGAACAAAUGUUUAGGUCUUAGACUGAGUUUUUCUCUCUCCAAUCCCAUUCACAGUUCUGGCAGCUGUACAAUGCUUUGACCCUGUUUCGGUUGGCAGGACAUAAAGACUGUAAAGAGUGGCAGGUAAGGACAGAAAUAAUAUUGUAUAAUCUCUGUAAAAUCCCUUGUUUUCAAAUAGAAUACAGUACAACAUGCCUCUACUUCCACCCGUCUUGUGCAGGCUGAUCUUGAAUUUUCCUCUACCUUUGCUGAUAAUCGUUACAAGACUACUCUACUCAGUCCCUGGCCACAUCAUCAUGAUGAUGCAAAAUGCAUCCAUUUUGCGUUGUCAUGAUGAAGUGGCCGGUGACACUUUGCUUCUUAAAAGCCCAAUAUCUUGAAAACUUGACAGGCCACAUUUUUGGGACUGUAUUAAAGGAAAAAAAUAUAUAUGGAUUUUCCCUUUAAGAAUGACACACCUGUGAUGUCAUUAUGCUAGAUGUCAUCAAUAGAAGAUUUAACUUCCAGUGUCAGAGAGUAGUCUUGUAACGAUUAUCAGCAUAAGUGGAUUUCUUCUUUAAUGCCUUUGUUUGUGUCUUUCAGGUAUUUAUGUUGGCACUGACAUUUCUUGUCCUAUUCCUGGGGAAUUUUCUUACCACAUUGAAAGUUGUUCACCAAAAAGUCCAGGAAAACCCAGAGAAAGUGCAAAAGCAAGAGUGA